AAAGUCAGUUAUGCGGACAUAAUAAAAAGACUCCAAGCCCCAGCGACGGUCGCUGCUCUUUUUCUCGUCGAGCAGGGGGAGUAGUCACAGCUGGAAGGAUAAUAAGAUGCGCAUGAAUUUACAAUCUGGAAUAAAAGAUAAGAGAAAAUUAAUGCACGGAGCGGCUCGUCUCAGCGAGACUCGCUGCAAAACUAAAGUUAGUAUGUGUGAGCUGUGGGCUGUGCCGGAGUGCUUUCUGUGUGACUUGUAACAAAGUGCAGAAGAAUAAAGUUCCGACUGCGCUUCCCUCACUUGAUGGAGUCGAAAAGUUUCUUCAGCCCUCUCACAAUGGAUCGAAAAGCGCCCUGCGCCGAGAGCGAAGGCUUCCUGUGGUCAGAGUGGAUUACUGACUUCACUAAGGAGAAGGAACAAAACUCCAGGAUAUGAAGUGUGUUGCUGUGAUUUCACUGCAGAGGCCUGCGUAUUGUUCAGACACUUCUCCUCCAUCACCUGUCAGUCUGGUGACAGAGCUCGGGCGGUGUGAGCUCCAGCGGGUGGAUAGGCUGUUAGUUUGAAAAGGACAGUAUCAUUUUGACAAUAAACUGACUGUUACUGAUGAAGACCAAAGAUUCCCCCUAUCAGGAGUUCAUCCACAGAAACCCAGCUGUGCUUUUUUCUGCCAGCCCUCACUGAUUCCUCCACUGUUCAGACGUUUACGUUGCAACUGGAAGAAACCCAAUGUCUGCCUCCUCUCCCCCAUCCUUACCUCGAGCCUUCCUCCACUCUGUCCAUCUGCACCACCCGUCCUUGCCAUGCACCCCGUCUGGACCCAUCUACACACGGCUGUCCAACGGCAGUCACAACGCCCCCAGCCCCACCAGCUCCCGCAGCUCUUUCCAUGGGGUGUCCUUCCUGCUGCAGAUCGGACUGACCAGAGAGACGGUGAACCUGGAGGCCAGUGACCUGUCGCUGUCUGCUGUGAAGGACCUGGUGUGCUCCAUAGUGGAUCAGAAGUUCCCGGAGUGCGGCUUCUUUGGCAUGUACGACAAGAUCCUGCUAUUCCGCCACGACUUAAACGAUGAGAACAUCCUGCAGAGGCUGACUGCAGCUGAAGACAUCCAUGAAGGAGACCUCAUUGAGGUGGUGCUUUCUGCUCAAGCCACAGUUGAAGAUUUCCAGAUCCGACCCCAUGCCCUUUACGUCCACUCCUACAAGGCCCCCACCUUCUGCGACUACUGUGGCGAGAUGCUAUGGGGUCUCGUUCGGCAGGGGCUUAAAUGUGAAGGAUGUGGGCUAAACUACCACAAGCGCUGUGCCUUCAAGAUCCCAAAUAACUGUAGUGGUGUGAGGAAGAGGCGACUGUCCAAUGUUUCACUGCCUGGACCAUCUCUCUCUGUCCCCCGACCUUUACCUGCUGAAAAUGCAGUGGUUGUCCUGGAUGAGCAGCAGAGGUCCCAUCAGGAGGCAGGGAAGCGCAUCCCGUCCUGGAGCGGCCGGCCUAUUUGGAUGGAUAAGAUGGAAAAGACACGGGUUAAGGUGCCACACACGUUCGCCAUUCACACCUACACUCGUCCUACUAUCUGCCAGUACUGCAAGCGUCUGCUCAAAGGUCUCUUCCGCCAGGGCAUGCAGUGUAAAGACUGCAGAUUCAACUGCCAUAAGCGCUGCGCUUCAAAGGUACCAAGAGACUGUUUAGGUGAGGUGGACUUCAAUGGAGAGCCAGCGAGCCCUGGGCCGGACUCAGACACUACCAUGGAUACAAUGGAGGUAGACAGUAAUUACAUGGAUUGUGGCAGAGGGAUGGAUGAUCCAGAUGAACCAUCCACUCCGGAUGAGAGGAUGUUUGAAAUGGACUCGCCGUUGCUGGACAGGGAGAAGGAUGAAGAGCCCAUCAAGACUAUUAGCCCCUCCACUAGCACCAACAUCCCUCUGAUGCGGGUGGUCCAGUCCAUCAAACACACCAAGAGGCGGAGCUCCACGGUGGUGAAGGAGGGCUGGAUGGUUCAUUACACGAGCAGGGACAACCUGCGGAAGAGGCAUUACUGGAGGCUGGACAGCAAAAGCCUGAGUCUCUUCCAGAACGACACCGGAGCCAAGUUCUACAAAGAAAUCCCUCUGUCUGAGAUCCUCCAGGUAGAGCAGUGCAGAGACUACAGCAAUCUGGCUCAGGGCAGCAACCCUCACUGCUUUGAGAUCAUCACAGCCACCAUGGUCUACUAUGUAGGGGAGAACAACGGCAGUCACUACCACAGCCCUGCUCUGGCCGCCUCUGGAGUCGGCAUGGAGGUGGCUCAAGGCUGGGAGAAGGCCAUCAGACAGGCCCUGAUGCCCGUCACGCCUCAGCCCAGUGUAGCCAGCGCUGCCGGCCAAGGCAAAGAUCACAAAGAGCUGUCUAUUAGCAUAUCUGUGUCCAACUGCCAGGUCCAGGAGAAUGUGGAUAUUGCCUCGGUGUACCAAAUAUUCUCCGAUGAAGUGCUGGGAUCGGGCCAGUUUGGCAUUGUGUAUGGAGGCAAACACAGAAAGAGCGGCAGAGAUGUGGCCAUCAAGGUUAUUGACAAGAUGAGAUUUCCUACCAAGCAGGAGAGUCAGCUGCGGAAUGAGGUCGCCAUAUUACAGAAUCUGCAUCACCCGGGUAUCGUUAACUUGGAGUGCAUGUUUGAGACGCCUGAGCGGGUGUUUGUCGUCAUGGAGAAGCUGCACGGCGACAUGCUGGAGAUGAUCCUGUCGAGCGAGAAGAGCAAACUGCCUGAACGAAUCACCAAGUUCCUCGUGACGCAGAUCCUUGUGGCCUUGAGACAUCUGCACUUCAAAAACAUUGUUCACUGUGACUUGAAGCCUGAGAAUGUACUGCUGGCCUCUGCAGAGCCUUUCCCUCAGGUGAAGCUGUGUGAUUUUGGCUUUGCCCGUAUCAUUGGGGAGAAGUCCUUCCGGCGGUCGGUGGUAGGAACUCCGGCUUACCUCGCUCCAGAAGUGCUGCGCAGCAAAGGCUACAACCGCUCCUUAGACAUGUGGUCAGUGGGAGUGAUCGUGUACGUCAGCUUGAGCGGCACGUUCCCGUUUAACGAGGACGAGGACAUUAAUGAUCAGAUCCAGAAUGCGGCCUUCAUGUACCCUCCUACGCCCUGGAAGGACAUCUCUGCAGAGGCCACAGAUCUGAUCAACAAUCUCCUCCAAGUCAAAAUGAGAAAGAGAUACAGCGUGGACAAGUGUCUCAGCCAUCCCUGGUUACAGGACUACCAGACGUGGUUGGACCUGAGGGAGUUUGAGACGCGGCGAGGCGAGCGCUAUAUCACCCACGAGAGCGACGACGCGCGCUGGGAGGAGUACGCGGACGAGCACAGUCUUGUUUACCCUAAACAUUUUAUCAUGGCUCCCAACCUGGACGACAUGGAAGAGGACCCCUAGUGGAGUGGGAGACUUGCUACACCACAUGUAUCUCACAGAGUUUUCAUGAAGCUUUGAAAGUGGCAGGUUUUCCCUCCAGAACUCUCGAAACAGAGAUAAGCCAGUCGGGUGGAGAGGCUGGAAAAGUGGGAAAACCCAGCAGAGGUUGUAGUGUGAAGCACCGCUACAAGCAGGCGGAGAUGCGUGUCACAGAAACGCAUUAAGACACUGUCACAGGAGGCGAGUGCUCCCUCUUCCUUUGUGUAUAAUAAUACGAAAACAUUCCAUGAAUUUGUUCAAUCUUGGUUCAUUUUUUAAGGACUAGCAGAACAAUGUUUAUGAACACGCACAGUUCUGGAUGAAGGCCGUGCUCGUGAUGUAAGAGAGGAGUCGCGUGAAGCGCUUACGCCGGGAUUAAAGGGCACUUUUCGCAAGGGAUUUACAGCCUGAGAAUUAAACACACGAGUUUGUUCUCAUUUCUAAACUGUUUGUGAGACUGUCCUGUGGCAUGAAACUGGAACUAUCACGCAGAUUUGUCUGGGUUUUUUAAUGUAUUUUAGUAAUUGUGGUAGGUUUUUGCACUAUAUUACCAAUUUCCAUAGCAACUGAAUAGAAAACACUAUUCACUGCUACAGAACGCAAACUGUUUUUACAUUUCCCGUCAAUAUUCAAAGUUAGAAACGGUGUCACGCAGUAUUAGCUCCUUUGUCUCAGAUCCCAGCAGGUGUUUUUAACCUACGUGUGUUCAGAGUGUGAUCUGUUCAUGGCAGCUAGUAGUGUGCAAGUUUUAUCGGCUUGCUCUCGGAGAGAGAAACCAACAAACCCUGACCAAAUAUGUUACAUUUCAUUUCGCUGUUUCCUUUCAACUGUUUUCCUUUUUUGACUUUGUGAAUCUUUUGUGAAGGCCGUAACCCUGAAGUGUAGUUGAAUGCAAUACAACAAGGAACGGACUCUUUGGUUCGGCAUCACAUUUUUGUACUUUCACUGUUUUCUUGAAUGUGACCGUUGAAGCGCUCCAGUGCUGGGACGUGUUCUUUGAUGUUCUCCGGGGUUGCGGUCGAAUAGUCAAAAAAGUCAUGUCCUGUGUUCUUGUUUCUCUAAGAAAACAUCACAAGGUGAAGGAAAGGUGUGCACGAGAAUUCACAGAGAACCUGGUGCGUCCACACUAGGCUGUUUAGCACUCGAUGAUGAAUAAUGUUGAUUAAGAUCAAGUUCACCCUUUGCUUUCAUGCUGGCUGUAUAAACAUAGAAAAUCUUUCCAUCCAUCCGCCCACUGGCUGCUCCUGUUCUGAGUUUGGGUUGUGGGGGGCAGUCUAAGGAGAGCCCAGACCUCUCUGUCACCAGCAAGCUCCUGUAAGGGCUGAGACAUGCCAAAGCCAGCGGAGAGAUACAUUUCCCC